UCUGAAGCGCACCCUGUCGAUGGUUUACCUAUCCUAACAAGAAACGUCAAGUUGAAUUUGUUUUUGUUGGGUUAUGUUUUGGUGUUAGGAUGGCGGAGCCAAAGAAGAUAUCCUUCGGGUUCAGCAAAACGAAGAAACCGCAGAUUAUAUCGUCAUCGAAGCCUGUUGUCGAGGAAGAAAAGAAGGAGUUUAUCGAAUGCGUCGAGGAGUUGGCGAUCAAAGUAAAGGAUGCUGUUCAGGUGGAGAAUAAGCCAUUGAUUCUGCAUGUACCAGAUACUGAUGAUAGUCUUCUGGUGCGCAUUCAGAAAGUCAAGGAGCUGAAGGAACGCAGUAGGUUGAAGAGAUUAGAGCACAUUGAUGACAGACCAGACUCAGAGUUAAGUUUGGAUGAGUUGGCUGCAAGACAGUUGGUGGCUGAGGCCAGGAAAGCUGGAGAGAAGCAGAGUGAAUCAAAGGUGUAUAAAUUGGACGUAGGGGAGGAUAAACUAAUUUUGGAAGGCAGUGAGCAGGCUACACUGGAGGAUUAUGAAGAUGUCCCAAUUCAAGAUUUUGGAUGGGCUAUGUUGCGUGGUAUGGGCGUCACUGAUGAACAGAAGGUUAAGGAAGAGAAAGAAUUGGAGGUGAGGCCAAAGGGCAUGGGUCUUGGUGCCUAUAAGGUGGUGAACCAAGGGCGGAGCGGUAAACCCGCUGUUGGAACCGACGGUAAAGAGCUAAAGUUAGUGAAAGGAUGUUGCGCCAAGAUCAUAGCCGGUCGAGAUAUGGGGACCUACUGUAAAGUGCACGAUUGGGAUUGCAACGAUGAUGGUAUGGUUAUCGUCAAGAUGGCUUUAAAGGACGGCUUCACAUCCGUUAACGAAUUUCUCUUAAUACCUGUGUCUACAGAUGAAUACUCGAUGGGUUCAAAAGUUAUAAAUAACGCAAAGUAUGAGCAGUAUAAGGAGAGAGAUGCAAGCGUAGCGGUCAAAACCGAAAUGAAGCCAGAGCCUAAUGUAGAAGUAAAAAUUGAUAUUUCAAGCGAGGAGGAAUAUAGGAGUAGGAGAAAAGGCCGAUCCAGAUUUGAGGAGGAUAGUGCGGCGAGCCACAAGAAUUAUCGGAAAGAUCGCAGUAGGAGCAGGAGUAAGAGCAGAAAGUCGAAGAAGAAGCACCGCAAGCAGAGGAUGAGAAGGAGGAGGAGGAGUAGCUCGGGAGGCGGCACCUGCAGUGACAGCAGUACCGGCAGCGAGCAAGAUCGUAGAAGGCGGAAGGAGAAGAGUCGUAGCAGAAGGCGGUCCAGUGAGAGCGAGGAGGAAAGGUACCGGAACCGGAAUCGCAGAUAACGCGCGAGCGCAACGCAACGUCCCGCUUUGAAUAUUUUUUUUAGGCAGCCUAGGCUCGGUUGAGUACUCGGGAGGGACGAGCGCAAUAAAUCUUAAUUUCGAAAGAGCCGCUCGGAUCUGUUCCCCAGGGAACGCAAUUUUCCUCCAUACACACAUACACAAAAUAAUGCGUGCAGGAAGUACUAAUUGAAUUAAGUGAAGAGCAACUCUGGUUGCCUGCGUUGUUUUAAUUUAAUAACUGUUUAAUGUGCUAAGAAGAAAAAGAAAUUAGUUAGAAAUGUUAA